AUGAUAAAUAGUCAUACGGUAAAACAAAAAGAAAAAAAAAAAAAAAUUUUCCUUUAUCCUUUUGAGAAAAAAAAAAAAAAAAGAACUUGGAAUCUUCAAAAAAAAAUGGCUCAGGAUUGGCGAUCUGUGGCUACGGGAAUGGAUGGGGUUACUGAGACCCGGGAGGUAGCAACCUCGCCGAUCUCUGCGGCAGGGAACAUAAAUGCGCCUCCUGAUGAAAUUAUUUCUUUGGGACCAAUGAUGGAUUCGUUACAGUUACUCGGAGGAGUAAAAAAUGCUCAAAACAAAAGCUGA